UAAAAAGAGUUGUUGCGUCACCUUUGAUAUGGCUCGUACCAAGCAAACCGCUAGGAAGUCUACUGGAGGCAAGGCGCCCCGUAAGCAGCUUGCUACCAAAGCAGCUCGAAAAAGUGCUCCGGCUACAGGAGGCGUGAAAAAACCUCACCGCUAUCGUCCCGGGACCGUGGCCCUGCGAGAAAUCCGCCGCUACCAGAAAUCCACCGAGCUACUCAUCCGCAAGUUACCCUUCCAGCGGCUGGUGCGUGAGAUUGCUCAGGACUUCAAGACUGACCUUCGCUUCCAGAGCUCAGCCGUGAUGGCUCUGCAGGAGGCGAGCGAAGCCUACCUUGUAGGGCUGUUUGAGGACACCAAUCUGUGCGCUAUUCACGCCAAGCGGGUCACCAUCAUGCCCAAGGACAUCCAGCUAGCUCGCCGCAUUCGUGGAGAAAGGGCAUUAAAUCUGGGUCCUAUAAAUAGAGAGCGGCAGAACUCAUUCUACUUCUUUCUCCCCUGAAAAAUGGCUCGUACCAAACAAACCGCUAGGAAGUCUACAGGAGGCAAGGCUCCCCGAAAACAACUUGCUACCAAAGCAGCUCGGAAAAGCGCUCCUGCUACUGGGGGCGUGAAGAAACCUCACCGUUAUCGUCCUGGCACUGUGGCUCUGCGAGAAAUUCGCCGCUACCAGAAAUCAACGGAGCUUCUUGUUCGGAAGCUUCCCUUCCAACGGUUAGUUCGCGAGAUCGCUCAAGACUUCAAGACUGACCUUCGCUUCCAGAGUUCAGCCGUGAUGGCUCUGCAGGAGGCGAGCGAAGCCUACCUUGUGGGGCUGUUUGAGGACACCAAUCUGUGCGCCAUCCACGCCAAGCGGGUCACCAUCAUGCCCAAGGACAUCCAGCUGGCUCGUCGCAUUCGUGGAGAGAGGGCUUAAACUUAUUUACUAUCAACUUCCAAAGGCUCUUCUUAGAGCCA